AUGGGCCACGAAGAGCCAACUGGUUCCCAGGAGAAUAUUUGGGAAACAGAAGGUUAUAUUCUCCCCUCCGUCCCCUCUCAUCAGGCUCCUGCCCAUGGUCCUUCGGGGAAUCUUCCCAAGAAAACCUUCCAGUCAACGAGUCUUUUGUUCAACUCGAAGAUGAAGUCACUAGGCCUGAUUCUAUCUCUGUUUAUCGUGGCGGCUUCGGCUUGUUCGAAAACCGGUGUAGUCACGUGGUUUAGCAACGACAAAGGCUAUGGAUUUAUUCGACAAGAUGGUAGUCUAGAUGAUGUAUUCGUUUCCUACAAGAACAUUGUUGGGGAAGGUUAUAUAUCACUUUCUGAGGGGCAAAAGGUUUGCUUUGAAGUAGUGAGGGCAGAAAAGGGGCUUCAAGCUACCGAUGUGCAGCUUGUUGGGGAAGAGGAAACUACUGAAGAAUAG